UGUACUUCAUUACAGUUGGCCGGUUUGUUUAAUUUUGAAGCCAUUUCCAACGUCUCUCUUUGUAAACUCCGCUAACCGACUCAACUCAACUCAACUCAACUCAACUCGCUUCCUUUUUAUACACAAAAUCGCAUGCGCCUUCUCCUUCUACGCGCUCCAUCUUCAAGCUCGACCAUGGCCUCCUGUUCUCUCACUUCCCCUCUCAAACCCCUCUCUUUUACCUCUUCUGAUUGUCUCAGUCGGAAUGGAGUUCAACGAUUCGGUAUCAAAAAUUUGGGUCGAUCCAGAGUUUUUAUGAGCGUUUCUGUUGGAUCUCAAGCUAUCGGCGUUGUUGAUGAUUCCUUGUUCAAGGAUUACAAGCCUAACAUUGCUUUUCUGUUCCCUGGUCAGGGUGCACAAGCAGUUGGAAUGGGAAAGGAGGCUCAAAAUGUGGCGUCUGCCGCAGAGUUGUACAAGAAAGCCAAUGAUAUCUUAGGGUAUGAUCUUCUAGACCUCUGCAUCAGUGGUCCAAAAGAGAAGCUAGAUUCAACUGUGAUCAGCCAGCCUGCAAUUUAUGUUACCAGUCUAGCUGCAGUUGAGGUGCUCCGCUCUCGUGAUGGAGGCCAGCAGAUAAUUGAUUCUGUUGAUGUCACAUGUGGUCUCAGCUUGGGAGAAUAUACUGCUCUAGCAUUUGCUGGAGCUUUUAGCUUUGAAGAUGGACUCAAACUGGUCAAACUAAGGGGUGAAGCUAUGCAGGAAGCUGCUGAUGCUGCAAAAAGUGCUAUGGUCAGUAUCAUAGGACUGGACGCUGAGAAAGUUCAGCAGUUGUGUGAUGCAGCAAAUCAAGAAGUUGAUGAAGCUGAUAAAGUUCAAAUUGCGAAUUACCUAUGUCCUGGGAAUUAUGCUGUUUCUGGAGGUGUGAAGGGAGUGGAAGCAGUAGAAGCCAAGGCCAAGUCAUUUAAAGCUCGAAUGACGGUGCGGCUAGCUGUUGCUGGUGCGUUCCAUACAAGUUUUAUGGAACCAGCUGUGUCAAGAUUGGAAGCUGCAUUGGCUGCAACAGCAAUUAAAACUCCAAGAUUACCUGUUAUAUCCAAUGUUGAUGCUCUGCCACAUUCAGAUCCUGCCACAAUCAAGAAAAUAUUGGCACGCCAAGUGACCUCUCCUGUUCAAUGGGAAACGACAGUGAAGACUCUUCUUAGUAAAGGGCUGAGUAAAAGUUAUGAAUUAGGACCUGGAAAGGUUAUUGCCGGCAUCGUGAAAAGAAUGGACAGAGGUGCUGCCCUUGAGAAUAUAGGUGCUUAAGGUGGUAACCAUCAUCAUGCAAUCUGUCUUGACAUAUUUUGGAAUGCCAAUUUUGAAUAGACUUGUUAUUCCAGAUCAUUCGAGCAUGUGACGUACUAGAUGACUAGUUAUAAAUCCAUUUUAAAUUUCGAAUCAUGUAUUAGAAAUGAGGGUGACACAAGCUUCCACACUUUCUCUAUUAUGAUGUUCUUCUGAUUGUCUUUAUGAAUAUACAAUUCAGGAAAAAUCUUACGUA